CCUCUUUACCUUUUCCUGCCUUUUGUCUCCAAGACAGAUCCCGAAUUCAAUUUUGAAUCCAAAUUCUAAACAGUGGCAGAAAAAAUGUUCUUCAAAACAAUAAUUUACUUCACGUUUUACUGUAUUUGUUUCUCAUCGCGGACAAGUGUCUCAGCGGCAACGGUAAGCCCACCGCGUUCUUGGAGACAGCAGCAAACCGUUGAGACAUUGCUGCGAUUUCCAUUCAUUAACUUCUUGGCCAAUCCGUGUGGAUUCAUGGCAGCCUCGUCUACCAUGAACCCAACACAGCCAAGUUGGCCCGGAAUAGCAACGGAACGACCGGUCAAUCAGUUUGACUCCAAUGUCCAACAAGCCACGCCAGCACCAUUGAGGACUCUUGACACUAACGCUACACUGGAACAACAGACCCUGGGAUUCCUCGGACCGCUCCGGGACCGCUACGCUAACCGGAACUAUACCAGCGAGGAGAGAUCCGCUCUCACCCAAGAGUUUAAACUCGUCGUCUUGGAAGCUAUGCAUUUGGCCCGCCACAUUUAUCCACCAACGGGUUUGCACCAAUGCGAUGGCAUCCAGCUGCAAUCGCUGCCUAAUGACGAUCAACUAGUUUCACCCACGGGAGAAAUUCAAUUGGAAGAGGUCUACCGUGGCAUGAUGAUAACAGCAGCGCAUUUGCAUUUGAUGAUUCGUGACGCUUAUGAUUCUGCCCGAUUUUGCCCCUCCGAAAAUCACGCCCAGCAUCAAAACAUCCGACAAUUAACGGGAAAAGUUGAGACUUCGAUGUGCCUGAUUCUGCACUCGGCUAUUGGAGCCGAGGACUACGAUAACCUUAACUUCUUCCGAGUGGCGAGAGAAGUUCUCAAGUCCAACGUGCACCGCUACUACGACUGCUCAGCCAGAGAGAUUCGGGGAUGCCUUGUAGUCCGCUUCGCAGAUCGAAUCUUUGGCGGAAUCCAACGAGCGCUUUUCUACACGGAAGCACCACAAACGUCUACCGCUCCAUACGUUGCGGAACAGAGUUCUUAAAAGAAGCAAACGACAACCAAAACAACCAAAAAUCUUUCCUUUUUCCGUUCUUUUUCUAUUACUUUCUCCAAUUUCAGGGUAUAAUCCAAGAUGAUCUCUCGUUCGGAACAAAGACACGCUUAUUCUUACUUGAUCUAACGAUAUCAUUCCCUUGUAAAAAAUUAUGGAGUAUAAAAAUUUACCAAUUGCUAUUUAUGACAUAUGAUAGUAUAUUAUAUAGUAUAUGAUACUAAAUAGAUGUGAUUA